AUGAGGCGGGACAACCAGACUAGCAUAUCCGAGUUCCUCCUCCUGGGGCUCCCCAUCCGUCCAGAGCAGCGGGGGGUCUUCUUCAUCCUGUUCCUGGGCAUGUACCUGACCACCGUGCUGGGGAACCUGCUCAUCAUCCUGCUCAUCAGGCUGGACUCGCGCCUCCACACCCCCAUGUACUUCUUCCUCAGCCACUUGGCUUUCGCUGAUGUCUCCUCAUCUGUCACUGUCCCGAAGAUGCUGACGAACAUGCAGACCGAUCACAAGUCCAUUCCCUAUGCAGGCUGCUUAGUACAGAUGUAUUUUUUCAUAGUGUGCGUUUGUCUUGACAGUCUCCUUCUGGCAGUGAUGGCCUAUGACAGGUACGUGGCCAUCUGUCAGCCCCUGCACUACACCACCAUCAUGAGGCCGGAGCUGUGUGUCUCCUUAGUCGCUGGGUCCUGGUUCUUCUGCUUUGUCCACUCUCUAUUGCACACCCUGCUCCUGACCCGCCUGUCCUUCUGUGCUGACAAUACCAUCCCCCACUUCUUCUGUGACCUCACUACUCUCCUGAGGAUGAGCUGCUCGGACGUCUCCCUCAAUGAGUGGGUCGUCCUCAUUGAGGGGGGACUGCUUGUCAUUAUAUCGUUGGGUGGCAUCUUGGGCUCCUACAUCCGGAUUUGGACCACUGUCCUGAGAGACCCCUCUGCUAAGAAAUUCCUCAAAGUCCUGUCUACCUGUGGUUCCCACCUCCUUGUGGUGGCUUUAUACUAUGGGACUGCUACAGAAGUUUACUUUUUCUCCUCAUCAUCCACAUCCAGUGAUAAAAACAUAAUUGCCUCUGUGAUGUAUAUGGUUGUCACCCCCAUGCUGAACCCCUUCAUCUACAGUCUGAGAAACAGAGACAUGAAACGCGCCCUGGAAACUGUUGUUAAUCGUGCUAAAUUCCUUAUGUCAAAAAACCCUAUGUGA